AUGAAAUACUUACUUGUUAAAAUAUAGCUCAUGAAGGAGAAACUAUAUAAAGAUUUUGUUUAAAUUUUGGAUGCUAGGAUUCAAGACCUUAGUUCUGUCUAUAAUGAGGAUGUGAUCCUCAUAAUCAUUCUAAUUGCAAAAAAGAUCUAAAAGUUUUAUCAUUAAAUUCAAUUAAGAUAUACUUGA